ACAGUUUGGUUUCUGCAUCCUUCUGCUGCAGCUCCACUUCACCGAGAGGAAAAAGAAGGAGUGCAAGAGAGAGAAAGUGAGAAAAAGAGUGAGGGACAGCGAAAUAGAGAGAGGACGUAGCCAUGCAUUUCCACUCUGCCUGUGGAUUUGCCUUGGUGAUACAGAUUUACCUGAUGCAUCAUGCCCAAGCAGGGGCAUAUUAUGGACAUCAGCAGCUGGCCCAGCAAAACCAACCACUGCUGCAGUUACCUCAUAUGCCACAGGGCAAGGAAGGGAUACCCCAGCAGCAGUAUUUAGGGAAGGAAAUGCUGUCGCAUGGAAAUGAUAUGCCCGUGCUCCCAUACUAUGGAAAUGAACAGCCACAGAUGCCCUUUCCUUUGGCAAACCCAAACCUAGGCAAAGGUGAAAACUUCCUUCGAGGUCAGAAAGGUCCGUUAGGUGAAAAUAUCCUCAGAGGUCAGAAAGGUCCUUCAGGUGAAAAUAUUCCCAGAGGCCAGAAAGGUCCUCCAGGCGAGGUUGGCCCUAUGGGACCACGGGGACCUCAGGGGCCCCCUGGACUACCAGGUCAGGGGAUUUCAGGACCGCCUGGAAAACCAGGCCUACCAGGCCCGCAGGGAUACCCUGGGAUUGGAAAACCUGGUAUGCCAGGACUUCCAGGAAAACCUGGAGGAAUUGGAUUGCCAGGACCAAAGGGUGAAAUGGGACCAGGUGGUGGUGUGGGACCAGUAGGAUUGCCAGGACCUCAAGGUCUUCCAGGCCCACCUGGGUUACCAGGCCUGUCAAAAGCAGGUGGACAGGGAUUACCUGGUCAGCCUGGGUUUCGUGGAGAGCCUGGACAAAAGGGUGCUCCAGGAAUUCCUGGGCUUCCAGGACCUAAAGGCGAGUUUGGACUCGGUCUUCCAGGAUUACCAGGUGUAAAAGGGCCACCUGGGCCUCCAGGGGUACCAGGUCCAGGGGGACUACCAGGAGUGGGAAAACCAGGACUAAAUGGACUACCUGGGGCCCCAGGAGGGCCUGGUAAACCUGGUCUCCCUGGAGAACAAGGGUUAUCAGGACCCCCUGGUGAAGAAGGACACCCAGGAGUUCCAGGCCCACAAGGGAUUGGAAAACCUGGUUUGGAUGGUUUUCCAGGGCCACCUGGUCUUCCAGGUGGAAAGGGAGAGCCAGGUCCACCAGGUUUUCCAGGAGGUCCAGGUUUACCUGGAAUUGGCAAACCUGGAUACCCUGGACCAAAAGGUGACCAAGGACAUGGUGGUUUACCUGGGCCUCAAGGUCCAAAAGGCGAAAAAGGUCAUGGUGGAUUUCCUGGAAUAAUUGGCCCACCUGGACCAGGUGGUCUUCCUGGCCCACCAGGUCACAUGGGGCCCCCAGGUGGCAUUGGCUUCCCUGGACCAAAGGGAGAGGGUGGGGAAGUUGGGCAGAAAGGGCCAGUAGGUCCAAAAGGUGAACCAGGUCCUCCAGGACUCCCAGGAAAAUCAGGGCUCCCAGGAUUAGCCGGACAGACAGGACCCAGAGGCUUACCUGGACAUUUAGGCCCUCAGGGUGAAAAUGGACACAAAGGAUUGCCUGGUCUCCCCGGGGCUCCUGGCAAGCCUGGACCAAAAGGGGAAGGUGGCUUUCCAGGAGACAAAGGAAGUCAAGGUCCAAUAGGAAUUCCAGGAUUAAUGGGACCAAGUGGACCGAUUGGGCCUCCUGGACUUCCUGGACCAAAGGGAGAGUACGGACCACCAGGGAAGCCUGGGCCACCAGGUGAAGGAAAGCCUGGUUUUCCAGGCCCAAUGGGUCCACCAGGGAAACCAGGUCCUGGUGGAUUUCCUGGUAAACCUGGAAUACCUGGCCUUCCUGGUCCUCCUGGUCCACCUGGGCCUCCAUCUGGUGAUGGUGCUGUUCUUCCUGACAUGGGUCCAGGGAUUGAUGGGGCUAAUCAAGGAGCCUAUAAGAAAACCAAGCCUGGAUAUUACAUUGGCAGAAAUGUUUUUGAGAUGCCUGCUUUUACUGCUCAGCUAACAACACCAUUUCCACCUGUUGGCACGCCUGUGGUGUUCAACAAGAUCUUGUACAAUGGCAACCAGAAUUACAACCCCCAAACUGGCAUUUUCUCCUGCAGCAUACCAGGAAUUUAUUAUUUUGUAUACCACGUCCACUGUAAAGGGGCCAAUGUGUGGGUGGCUCUGCAAAAGAACAAUGAACCAGUCAUGUACACGUAUGACGAGUGCAAAAAAGGUUAUCUGGAUCAAGCUUCAGGAAGUGCAGUACUGCCUUUAAAGUCUGGAGACUCUGUUCAUGUUCAGUUACCAUCUGAUCAAGCUCCUGGACUUUAUGCUGGUCAAUAUGUCCAUUCAUCAUUCUCUGGAUAUUUAUUAUACCCAAUGUAAUGUGUCAGAUAUGAUUCAUGUAAGUGGUAGGAAUACAAAAUGCACAUAUUUGCUAAGAAUUGAAAGCACAGAAAUUCAGUAACUUUAUCUGUAUUCUUUUGUGAGUGAGUGAGUGUCUAAAAGGUGGCAGAAGUGAAUGUGUAUUUAGGUGAAUUACUCCAUUUAGGAUGUGCUUCACCAUGCAGUUUACAUAGUAUAGGUUACAUUUACAUACAUUUCAUACAAUAAAUAUUCAAGUAUCAAGAACACACUCCUCGACAUAUUACCUGCCAGUAUUUAUAUGAUACAGGGAUAAUAUCAGCUACAUAGCAUUCAAUACAAUAAUCUAUACAUUGUUCUCUCAUUCUUUGUAUGGUGCAGCAUAUUUGCUAUGGUAUAUUUUGCUUUUCCAUGUUUCUUAUCACAUCACUUUACAGUAGGUUUGGAACCUUUUUCAUUUGUGUUCCAGAAUUUCAGUUUUGUUUACUGAUACAACCUGGGAAAUAAUUAUGAAAUAUGUCCAGUACUGUGCAAAAGUCUUGCACCAAACCAUAUACGCUUUAGUAUAAAUGUUUUUAUACAUGUCUAUCCUGUCUGUAUUAUAUCCAAAACCAUACCUUCAAAUUGAAUGCAUAAAUAAAUAAGAUUACAGAAGAA